AUGGACGCAUCACCGGGGGCAGUGAUGCUUGCCGGUCUUCCGACCAAUGAGAACAACUCGGAAGUGGAGGUAUCUCUCGAAGAAACGGCGCUACUCGAUGGAUUGAGCUCGGCUUCAGCCACGCGCAUGUGCAAGUUCUGCUAUUCGGAUGAGUUGGUGAAUGACACCUGGCGGCACCCUUGCCGAUGCUCGGGUUCGAUGAAAUGGGUACAUGGUCGUUGUUUCGCGCAAUGGCUCCGCAAAGCACCACCCCAGCAGCAAAACCAGUGUCAAACUUGCAGGUUCACCUACAAAAAACAUUGGGUGAUGAAGAACUUUUCCGAUUGGUGUCGCCCACCACUUCGACUUUCCGGAUGGGAAAUUUUGGAGAUCCUCCUCGAUGGCUACUCGACGUUCAAAUUUAUUCGCGGUAUCAUCUGGACCAUCGACGGGAAAAGAAGUUUUCUCGUGCAACUCGCCCACUUCUGCUUCUGGCGGAUGUUUAUCGCCACCGACCGGAGGAUGGCUUAUUACUCGAAUCUGAGCCGCACCCUGAUGAGUUCUGUUUUUGAUAUAUCGGUCAAGGAUUUUUCGGAGCGCGACAACCACAUCAACCGCUCGACCUCAACCUCCGAACUUGCCCUUGCUGGCCCA